CCACCAACUGCCCAAGAGCAAGCACUGCUUUCAGUCCGCCCGACAACGGACAGACACACAGACGGCCUUCCAUCCCAGCCUGCCAACUAGCCAGCCUGUGCCUGGCUACUUCCCCUCCCCAGAUGCACCCAGGGCAAGUCCGACAGCUGAGCCCCAGAGAGCCUGAAGCUCUUAAGGAGGGAUUGGCCAGAGCAGCCACGUGGUCUCCUGAGAAGUGAAUGCUUCAAGGCAUGGUGGGCCAGCAAUGAGUGCCCCCUCUGCCUCCUCUUCUCAGCCUCACUGACUCCACCCCAGGGCAGACUGGCUCCACAGGGUGGGGCUGCAGACUUGCCACUUGAGAAGGCACAGCCACCAUGCAGCCACUGUGGCUCUUCGCAUCACUGUUGGCCCUGAGCCGGGCCCUACCCUUUGAACAGAAGGGUUUCUGGGACUUCACCCUGGACGAUGGGCUGCUCAUGAUGAACGAUGAAGAGGCGUCAGGUGCCGACACGACCUCGGGGGUUCCAGAUCUGGACUCUGUCACUCCCACCUUCAGUGCCAUAUGUCCUUUCGGCUGCCACUGCCACCUACGCGUUGUUCAAUGCUCUGACCUGGGUCUGAAGUCUGUACCCAAAGAAAUGUCACCUGACACCACGCUGCUAGACCUACAGAACAACGACAUCACUGAGCUCCGUAAGGAUGACUUCAAAGGCCUCCAGCACCUCUACGCUCUGGUCCUGGUGAACAACAAGAUCUCCAAGAUCCAUGAGAAGGCCUUCAGCCCCCUGCGGAAGCUGCAGAAACUCUACAUCUCCAAGAACCACCUGGUGGAGAUCCCCCCCAACCUGCCCAGCUCCCUGCUGGAGCUGCGCAUCCAUGAUAACCGCAUCCGCAAGGUGCCCAAGGGCGUGUUCAGUGGGCUCCGCAACAUGAACUGCAUUGAGAUGGGUGGAAACCCCCUGGAGAACAGUGGCUUUGAACCUGGAGCUUUUGACGGCCUGAAGCUCAACUACCUGCGCAUCUCAGAGGCCAAGCUUACUGGCAUCCCCAAAGAUCUCCCUGAGACCCUGAACGAGCUCCAUCUGGACCACAACAAAAUCCAGGCAAUUGAGCUGGAAGAUCUGCUCCGCUACUCCAAGCUGUACAGGCUGGGCCUAGGCCACAACCAGAUCCGCAUGAUCGAGAAUGGCAGCCUAAGUUUUUUGCCUACCCUGCGGGAGCUGCACCUGGACAACAACAAGCUGUCCAGGGUGCCUGCUGGGCUCCCAGACCUCAAGCUCCUGCAGGUGGUCUACCUGCACUCCAACAACAUCACCAAGGUGGGCGUCAAUGACUUCUGCCCUGUGGGCUUCGGGGUGAAGCGGGCAUACUACAAUGGCAUCAGCCUCUUCAACAACCCUGUGCCAUACUGGGAGGUGCAGCCCGCCACCUUCCGUUGCGUCACCGACCGCUUGGCCAUCCAGUUUGGCAACUACAAAAAGUAGAGGCAGUUUCAGCCACCAUGGUGGCCUCAGUGGGGGUCUCUGGGGAUCAUAGCCAGAUACUCUGAAGCAAAGCAAGAAAGCAAAGCCUGUGCCCAGCUGCAUCGAACCCAGCCCCUCACCAUUGGUCCCUGACCCCAACUUGAUGCCCACCAUGGCCUCUUCCUGGCUCCCAAGUGUGCAGGUAGGCACAAGACCCAGCCUCUAUCACAUGCACCUCGGCUUCAGAGCUGCCCCUGCCACCAACCAUGGACACUCAAAGGCACCCUAUGAAGCUUUCUCCUUAUCCACUCAAAAGCCCAGUUGUCCAAGGAGCCAGUCCUAGGAAAAUUACCCUGGGGUCUGUGGGGAUGGAUACAGUGGACUCUGCCAAGGCCAUGCAUUCCUCCUUCUCACCUACUUCCAGGUUUCCAACCCUCCUCAGCCCCCUGGUCACCUUGAACACCCAUGCUCCUACUCAAAAAACUCACGGUCUGUUCAUCCCAGGCAUCUUGCUCUACUGGCCCGCAGGGACCAGUCCUUCCUCUCUCUUUAUCUCUCUCCCCAGCCCACCUCAUCUCUGCAUCUGUCUCUCUGUCUCAUUCCCGCUCUGUGUCCUUCCUGGGCUUCCUCAGAUCUAUCUCUCUCUGGACUCAGUGACUUGUCCCCCCUCCACCUUUAUGGAUCUUUCUCUCCGUCUCUCUCUUCCCACCCCCACAGCUCCUGCUGUGCAUGCACACACAUGUGCAUACAUGCUACACAUGUACACACACACACACACACACAUAUACCCUGACCCUCUUCCUUGAUCUGCUUUCUGUCUCACUAGCUUCUGCCCAGCCCCUGCCCAACUAAGCCAGGGGGAGCUGCCUCCUGUGCCUACCCUGCCCAGCCUUUGCCCCCCAAGCCCAGACAGCCCUGGAAGACGUCCAGCCCCCUGCUCCACUACUCAGCAGGGGAGCCUUAGGCCUGUCAGACCCUGGGACUUUCUGCCCCUAGGAGAGGCCCAGGACCCCAACAGAGUCCCAUGUAACCCCGUGAUGGCUGGUCUCCCCCUCCCUUGCUUUCUGGUCCCCACUGUGGUGGGGAGUGUGAGCAGUCACACCAAGCACAAGGAGGGGCUGCUUCUGAGGUCGGUGGUUGUCUUUCAAUUAAAGAAACACUGUGCAAUAUG